UGGCAGAUCACAUUCCAGGGCUUACUUUGAUAUGAAAUUGUGGUGCUUGCCUGUUUGAAAUAAUUGCAGUGUCUAAAAGUCUGUUAGGAAGUAAACAGAGGCAAGUAGCGACAUCGCCGCGGAAGGCAAAAAAUUCAUUGGAGAGAUCAUGCUGAGUGCUGUCAAGGGCACUGGGAAGACACAAAGAGGGGGAAAGCAAAGAUAGGGGAAUGUUGGCAAGACUGGCAUGUUUGGUGACGCUGAUUCCACGACUGAUUCUGCAAUACUUGAAACAGCUGUGGGCGCACAGACAUUACCCUCCCGGUCCUCUUCCACUUCCUUUCAUUGGAGGCCUAUGGCGGCUUGGGAUCAGGCUUUCUCAGGAUACUUUCACGAAGGUGGCGAAGUGCUACGGAGACAUAUAUACCCUGUGGAUUGGGCACAUCCCUAUGGUCGUCCUGUCUGGUUACCAAGCCGUGAAAGAAGGCCUGAUUGACCACUCAGAUGACUUAGCAGACCGGCCAGUGACCCCUUUCAUUGAAGCUGCCUUAAAAGGGAGAGGUAUUGCAUUUUCGAAUGGACACACUUGGAAGCAGCAGAGGCGAUUUGGGCAAGUGACCAUGCGGAAGCUGGGCCUGGGGAAGAAAGGCAUGGAGUGCCAAAUAGAAGAGGAGGCCCACCAACUUGUGAAGACUUUCACACAGGCAAAGGGACAGCCGUUUGAUCCUUCAGGACCCAUCACCAAAGCAGUCUCCAAUGUGAUAUGUGCUCUGGUUUUUGGACACCAGUUUUCUACUGAGGAUGAAAACUUGCAGAAAAUGUUGGAAACUCUUCACUUUGGCUUACAAUUUGGAGGAAGCUUCUUUCAUGCUUUGUAUGAGUUGUUUCCAUGGCUUAUGAAACGCCUCCCAGGACCUCACAAGAAAGCACUGUCAGCCAUGGGCAUGGUGAUUUCACUUAUAAAGAAGGAAGUGAAGAAGCAUAAGGAGCAACAGUCCCUGCACGAACCACAGGAUUUCAUUGAUUUCUACCUUCUUCAGAUGGAGAAAACUAAUGAUAAUCUCUAUACAACCUAUGAUGAUGAAAACCUGGCUGAAUGUAUUAUUGAGUUUUUUGGAGCUGGAACAGAGACGACAGCUGUCACCCUGAGGUGGGCACUACUUCUGAUGGCAGUUCACCCAGAUAUCCAAGGUAAAAUCCAGAAGGAAAUGGAAGAUGUUUUUGAUGCUUCUUGCUCUAUCCGCUAUCAAGACCGGAAGAAACUACCCUACACCAAUGCUGUGAUUCAUGAGAUCCAGCGUGCAAGAUAUGCCUUUUUAUUGGGGGUUCCCAGACAAAAUGUGAAGGAUGUGACCAUACAUGGUUCAUUCAUUCCAAAGGGCACCUUUAUCAUGCCGGAUCUCCACUCUGUUCUUCUUGAUCCCAAGCUAUGGGAGACCCCCAAAGAAUUCAACCCACACCAUUUCUUGGAUAAAGACGGAAAUUUUUUGGCCAGAGAGGCAUUUCUUGCUUUUGGUGAAGGGGCUCGGGUGUGUUUGGGAGAGCAGCUGGCAAGAAUUGAAGUCUUCAUCUUCUUCACAUGCUUGUUGAGGUCAUUCAGCUUCCAGCUACCGCCAGGAGUGAAAAAGCUCAAUAUGAAGCCUGUGGUUGGGUUGACGAUGCACCCACGUCCUCAUAAACUCUGUGCUGUUCCCCGCUGCAAAGCAUCAUAACCCUUGAAAAUUGCGACAGUCACUUAUUUAUUGUGCAUCAUCCUUUUUGCCAUUUAUCCAACAUUCAUUCUUGAUUGCUCAGUUUGACUCUCUCCUAGAAAAUAUCAACUCUAGCAGAACUGAAGGCAGAUCUUGUAUGAAAAUGUUUUUCAUCACUAGCAGUGGAAGCCCAGGAGAAAUGAAAGUGACACCCCAAGUCCCUGCUCUCUUUUGGUCUCUUUCACUGUUUCUUCAGAAAAUAGGUUAAAGUUGAGUUGCUGUGAGUUUUCUGGGCUUCCAGAAGCAAUCUCUCCUGACGUUUGGCCCACAUCUAUGGCAGGCAUCCUCAGAGGUUGUGAAGUCUGUUGGAAACUAGUCAAGUGGGGUUUAUAUAUCUGUGAAAUGAUGCCCAGGGUGGGAGAAAGAACUCUUAUCUGUUUGAGGCAAGUAUGAAUGUCACCAUUGGCCUCCUUGAUUAACAUUGAAUGGCCUUGCAGCUUCAAAGCCUGUCUGCUUCCUGACUGGGGGAAUCCUUUGUUGAGAGGUGUUAAAUGGAGAUCAUUGUUUCCUGUCUGGAACUCCCCUGUUUUCUGAGGUUAACAUUAUUAGUAAUGCUAUUCACACCUUCAAAGGGAGAGAAGGGGUCCAGUUUUCCAACCUUCACGUGUCCCUGUUUUUCUGAGCUUUUUAGAAUAUAUUUCCUUAGACAUGUUCCAAUACUGCAAACUGCAAUAAGAAAACAAAUUAA